AUGGCAGACUCCUUACUUCCCCCUAGAAAUGAUUCUUCUCGAUGGCUCCAUCUCCAGUUAAACCUGCUCAGGGUAACAAGCAGUAAGACUGUAUUUUUUCUGCAGAGUGCAGGUGGAGAGGCUGUGAGUGAAAAUAAAUUUCUGAACACAGACUCCAACACAGGAUCAGUGGAAACUACUGCCAAGCCGUUACCAUUUAAAGACCCAAAUUUCAUUCACUCCGGCAUUGGUGGAGCAGCAGCUGGCAAGAAGAACAGAACAUGGAAGAACCUAAAACAAAUUCUUGCUUCUGAAAGGGCAUUGCCAUGGCAACUAAAUGAUCCUAGCUAUUUUAAUAUCGAUGCUCCUCCUUCUUUUAAACCUGCUAAGAAAUAUUCAGACAUCUCAGGACUUCCAGCAAAUUACACAGAUCCACAGAGCAAGCUAAGAUUUAGUACUAUCGAAGAAUUUGCCUAUAUUCGGAUGCUCCCUUCAGAUGUGGUUACAGGAUACCUGGCUCUAAGGAAAGCAACAAGUAUUGUUUCCUGAACAGACUAAAUAUUCUUGCAUAUUGCUUGUGAACAGUGCUCAUUUGGAGUAUCAUUUGGAAACUGACUGUGGGACUAAGAUUCUUUAAAACUAUCUGUGGAUUUUUACAUCUGGAAGUAGUUGAUGAUACAUGCAUUUGAAGAACAUAUGGAUUUAAUUUUCAUAAGUGCUGAUAUUUGUUUGUUCACCAAUUUGUUAGCAAUUUAGUUUGGUGAACAGAAUAACUUAGACCUUAAGGAUAUGUAUCUGUUCUAUAAUAUCUCAUUUAUAUUAAUUUCUGUAAAGACAGGAUUUCAUCUCCACCCUGUAUAUUUUAUAUACUACCUUGGCUCAGAAGAAACUGUCAUUCGAAUUGAAGAAAAGGUAACAAGAUAUCCAAAUAUCUAAACCUGCCUUACCAGAUGUGCUUUCCACUUGGCUAUGAAGUUUGUCCCAUCUGUAAAAUGAAGCUAAAAUACCCAGCAAGUGCUGCUGUUGUGAUGACUUUUCAGGGCAGUGUGGAAAUGAAGACACAAAUGUUUGUAUUGAAUUAACUACCAGCGUAAAUAAAGUUGGACGUGCUUGUAAAAUA